AUGGAUGCUAAGCAGCCGGACGGGCCGUGUUGCUGUGUAGCAGGUUCAGCAUGCGACCCAGAAGACUGUUUCGGGUUAUGCCAGGAAGCCUUCCCCGGUAGUACAAUUGUCGGCGUCUGCCUCGAGGAACCAUUCACCUGCUGGUGUUACUUCGCGGGUAGUUGUGCUAAGUCCACGACAAGUGAGGGUAACUUCGCCAAGAUCCUCAAGGCACACUAAAUCCUGAUCCGAGGUUCCCUUCAUUUUAUCCCCAUCUUGUGCUUCGUGGUUGUGAAUAAAGCAUAGUGUAACCCCAUUACUUUCUCUUAUCAUUGAAUAAACCCUGAGGAA